AUGAAUAUUUUUUUAAAUAUAAUUGACAAUAUGGAUAUAGACACCUACACUAUUACUAUGAAAGCUGAAAUCGAGAUUCUUCGCAAAUCUUUAGCUAAAAAAGCAGAUAUUAAAGACUUAGAAAAGUUUAUUUCCACGCUUACACAAAAAGCAGACUACGAACCAACAAUUGAGCUAAUUGAAAAAAUAAAAUCAGAAACCAAAGAAUUGGUUAAUGAAUGCUUAAGAGAUUUAAAAGCUGAAAAAAGGAAAAAAAAUGAUGAGUUCGGGGAAUUAAAGCGAAGCCUUGAAGAUGAAAUACAUUAUUUAAGAGAACAAAUGAUUAAAAUCUCUGAAGAAAGAAAAAAAGAUUCAGAUGAGCCCAAAAAAUUAAUGAGAAGAGAAGCAGCUUCGAUAAAAAGCGAGAUUAAAAAAGAUAUAGACGCUAUUGUUGAUAAAGUUAACGAACUAGAAGCUCAAAAGAUCGGAAAAAGUGACAUUGCUACGUUAGAGCGGGCAAUAACUAGCAUCAAAGAAUCAAAAGUGGAUGUAGGGACGUAUAACGAAGUUAUUAUGAGAGAUAAAAUUAUAGGGGGUCCCAGGGGAUUAUUCCAGCCCCUACCCUUACACGGAUUAGCUUCGCGCUUCAGUGGCGUUAAGCACUAAUCCCAGCUAACGCCCUUUUCUGAUGACGUCAUCAAAAAUUGUGACGUCGACAUCUUUCGGGGAGACUCACCCGAACCUGCUUGGACCAAAAAACUUCAGCAAAGGACUCUCUUAACCCCUGGUAGUGCUCAGGUAUGAGGGAGCCGUCCGUUGCCUCCUUCUGGAACUACCUCUGCCAUUUUACAGGCAACAUAAUGCUCCUCCAGAAGUACCUGCUUGGUAUUGCGCCGUCGGUCUUUCGUCUGUGGGUCGAGGAGAGGUCCAGUUAGCCCAAACCUGCUCCCACCCCGGAAACCACACCUCCAUCCGACCCCGUGGCCCUUCGGGGCCGCCAUUUUGUUAAGUGACCCCGAAUUUCGGAACUUCCUGUUUUUCUGUCGGACUGCGGCCUUCGCCAUCAUGGAAGGCGUAAUUUCUGAAGUUAUUAUGAAGAAUAAAAAAGAAAUCUUUAUGUAUAUUGAAGAUUUAGAAGAUCAAAUAAAAGACAAUUUAUUAAAGCUUGAAUCUGAUUUUGAAAGAUCCCUCGACAACAAAGUAAGCCUAUCUGAGCUUCACAAAGUCCUCGAGCCCAAAGUCGAUUCCAGCAUUUUCAAUAAAUUUCUCGCCCAAAAAGCAGAACAAGAAGAGAUCGAUAAAAUCAUGACAAACCUUGAGCAUCUCCAAGUAGAAGUCCAGCGAAAAUGCAAUUCUUGUGACCUUGCUGCACACGUUUCAAGCACUAAAUUAGCCCUUGAAGAGGUAGCAAGAGAUAUGCUCGUUAAAUCAAACAUUAAAGAUAUGUGCACGCUGCUAGAUAUGAAAGCAAAUAUUGACGAUGUUAAUAAAGUUUUAAGUGAAAUUCAUAAAGAACUUGACGUAAAGCUAAGGAUUGACAACUUUUCUUCAUAUGUAGCGGAGCAACAAACAAUAAUUGAAGCGCUAUGUGCUGAAAAUUGUGUGUCGAGAUGGAUAUGAAAAUCAGGGAAUUUAGAUGAAAGCAGCUAUGUCCCAUGGGAAGUUCAAAGUGUUAAUACAGCUCCAGACAAUUUUAUGUGGGAAAAGGACAGGGCUUAUAUAAUUACAGUUGCCCCUGGGCUUUAUGAAGUGAUGCUGGGAUUUUAUUCAAGGAAAAAACCAACUAUUCAAAUAUUGGUAAAUGGUGAGCCUAUUUUGACAGCUAUAAAUUCAGCUAGUUAUGCGGUCCACCACAGCUCAGGAAAAUUAAGGUCUGUCAGCAAUCAUUCCAACGGAAAUAUUGCAGGCCUUACUUUAAUCGAUUUUAUAGCGCUUCCUGCUAGAGCUAGAAUCUCAAUUGUUUAUAAUGGAGAAUUGCAUGCCGAAGGAUUUUUAGGAUUAAGAAAAUUAUACGUUUUGAUGUUGAAUUGUCAAUAUCACUAGCAAGCCAUUUUUAUUAGCAAUAGUUUUGGCCAAGUAUAUAAAUUCAGCAAAAUUAAUAGUAAUAGUAUAUAA